GCGAGCAGGGAGGGAAGGAAAGAAAGGGAGAAAAGGCUGGGAGCUGGUGGGCGCUGCGUGUGUCUGUGCGUGUACGAUUGUGAGUGAGUGUGAGUGCCGGGCCCUGCCUCGUCUGCUGCCCCGGCAGAGGGGCCUGGUGGCCUGGGGAGGGCAGGCGGGCUGCUUGGAGGUAGAGGCAGCGCGAGGCGGCGGCGGGUAGAGCCGAGGAGGAGGAGGAGGAGAGAGGAAAGAGCGGAGCAGCCAUUGUUGAGGGAAACCUUGCAAACAAAGAAGGCUCCAGACUCCCCGCGGCCCCCCGCCCCCCAGGCCGGCCCCCUGGCCCCCGGUCCCCGGCCCAGUGGCCAUUGUAACUUUCCCCCGGGGCUGUGGCCGCCGCGGGGCAGGCCAAGGCUGUGCGUGCAAGUCUUUGUGCGGCCCACGGAGUGGAGCUCCCGGCCAGGCCUGCCCGUCCCACUCGGGACAUGAGCGGCUGAAGUUGGCCCCCCCUCAGUCCUCACCCCUGCCAGGGCCCUGGUGGGCUUCCAGUCGCUCCCGUACCUCUCCUGGCCCCCUCAGUUCUCCCAGGUUGUUCCUCAAAGUCAUUCAAGCUGUACUCGCCGAAGGAGCCCCCGAACGGCAACGCCUUCCCCCCCUUCCAUCCCGGCACCAUGCUAGAUCGGGAUGUGGGCCCAACCCCCAUGUAUCCGCCUACAUACCUGGAGCCUGGGAUUGGGAGGCACACACCAUAUGGAAACCAAACUGACUACAGAAUAUUCGAGCUUAACAAACGGCUUCAAAACUGGACAGAGGAGUGUGACAAUCUCUGGUGGGAUGCUUUCACAACUGAGUUCUUUGAGGAUGAUGCCAUGUUAACCAUCACUUUCUGCCUGGAGGAUGGACCAAAGAGAUAUACCAUUGGCCGGACCCUGAUCCCACGCUACUUCCGCAGCAUCUUUGAGGGGGGUGCUACGGAGCUAUACUAUGUGCUUAAGCACCCCAAGGAGGCAUUCCACAGCAACUUUGUGUCCCUCGACUGUGACCAGGGCAGCAUGGUGACCCAGCACGGCAAACCCAUGUUCACCCAGGUAUGUGUGGAGGGGCGGUUAUACCUGGAGUUCAUGUUUGACGACAUGAUGCGGAUAAAGACAUGGCACUUCAGCAUCCGGCAGCACCGGGAGCUCAUCCCCCGCAGCAUUCUUGCCAUGCAUGCCCAGGACCCCCAGAUGUUGGAUCAGCUCUCCAAAAAUAUCACACGGUGUGGGCUGUCCAAUUCCACUCUCAACUACCUCCGACUGUGUGUGAUACUCGAGCCCAUGCAGGAGCUCAUGUCCCGCCACAAGACCUACAGCCUCAGCCCUCGUGACUGCCUCAAGACCUGCCUUUUCCAGAAGUGGCAGCGUAUGGUAGCACCCCCCGCGGAGCCCGCCCGGCAGCAGCCCAGCAAACGGCGGAAACGGAAGAUGUCAGGGGGCAGCACCAUGAGCUCUGGGGGCGGCAACACCAACAACAGCAACAGCAAGAAGAAAAGCCCAGCCAGCACCUUCGCCCUCUCCAGCCAGGUACCUGAUGUGAUGGUGGUGGGGGAGCCCACCCUGAUGGGCGGGGAGUUCGGGGACGAGGACGAGAGGCUCAUCACCCGGCUGGAGAAUACCCAGUUUGACGCAGCCAACGGCAUUGACGACGAGGACAGCUUUAACAACUCCCCUGCCCUGGGCGCCAACAGCCCCUGGAACAGCAAGCCUCCAUCCAGCCAAGAAAGCAAAUCGGAGAACCCCACAUCACAGGCCUCCCAGUAAAGGCUUCACCAGGGCCACCCAGCGCUCUGCCUGCCUGCCCCACCCCUUGAAGCCCCAGGGAGCAGAAGACAGAAUGAAGAGACUGAGCAUCUAAAAUGGGCAGCCUCCAUCCACCCACUUCAGGGAGGAACUGGACUCACUGGGGGCAGGUGCCAGGAUUUGCCCCGCAGUGGCUCUGGGCUGGGCCUGGCCUCUGCAGAGCCUUUUGGGGGAAGGAGGUACUCAUGUGGAUGUCUGCGUGGACCCUGGGCCUGAGCAAUGUCCUGACCACCCCCCAGAGCAUUUGCCUCCAUCCUCACCCCAUGGGUUCCCCAUCCUCCUGACUCGACCCCCUUCGAGCCUGGGGUUGUCUGUCCCCACAGCCCUUAGGGACUUAAAGUUAUGGCGCUUGGUUGAGUGCCCCUCCCUAGACCUCCCCCAGGUGGCUGGAAGUAGAGGGGUAAAGCUCUGGGCUCCUCCUCUCUUCCACCACCUAUCCCAGCUCCAAGUUUUUUAAAAAAAUAAUAUUAUUAAAAAUGUAAGUUAAAAAAAUCACUCAUGUCCCCCCUCUUCCCCUUAUUAAAAGUCCAACUACCUCCCUAUGCCUGGCAGAUGGGGGGUUUUGGGCCCAGGUGGAGGUGAGCGUAUCGGUAGAGUAGGGGGGUAUACGUUUCCAUUUUAUAUAGUUUGAGAGCUUCAGACCAAGGAGACAGUUCGCCAUCUCUCUUCCCUUUUCCUCUGGGAUGACUGGAGUUGGGAAGGCAUGCCAUGGGGUAGGGGGCCAUUGCUUCGGAACAGCUCCCAGCUGUUGUCUCUGUUUCCCCAUCCUCCAGGAGGCUCGUAACUCCCUUGGUCCCAGCACCGCCGCCCCCCUGCCGUCCCCCACCCUGUGUGUAUAUUCGUUACAAGCCCUCCACUAAAGCAGCUGUCUUGGAUGGGGGAGGGGGAGGCUCCCUCCCUUGGGGAGUAUGGAGGGAAGGAGCAGCCCUGUUUGUCACUGUGUUUUUUGUUUUGUCUCGGUUGGGUAGGCAUGGGAUAGGGGAGGGGCUCAUCCACUCUGUCCGUACUCUUCCUCCAGGCCCUCAGAUUGUGAACCUAGUCCUCCCCUUCCUUCUUCACAGAGGGAAAGGAGCCACUGAGGGUAUCCCACCUCUAAGCAGGGAGCAAAAGGGCUCUGUUCCCCAGCUGAAGUAGAGGGUGCUCAUCUUCCCAAAUCCCCUCUAGUCCUUGUUCUCGUAGAAGGAAGGGGAAAGCUGCCAGAACCCUCAGCUGUAUUGCAGUCGGACAUGUGGAGGUUCUGGGCCCAGCUCCGGCUCUGUUGCCUUUUCCUGUGGCGAGUUCCGGAAGUGUUAGUACCACCUGUCUUCCCAGGCUUUCUUCGGGAUUCUGGGGCUCUUUCCACUCUGUUUCCUUCACUCUAGUUGCCACUGCUGGAGGGGUGUUGUGUCAGGAGCUGAGGGAAGGGGUGGGGAAGAGGGAUGGCCCACCCCAACUGUAAUGCCUUUUUUUUUCUCCAUUUGAGUCAUGUAUGGUACCGAUCAAUAAAGAGACUUUUCAGUU